AGAUGAGAUAAGAGCAUCGGUGAGGGAGAGUUGUUCUUCACACUAAAGUUGAGAGUCCACAGAAAAGAGAGAGAGAGAGAAGAAAAAAAUUGAGUGAUUUCUGAUUUUCACACUAGAUUCAAUCCCCUACUUCUUAGAUCCCCACUGUCAUCAUCUGUCUUUCAGGAGAAAAACAGGAAAAUCCGAUUUAUGGGUUUGUUUUAUAUUUAAGGUUUUAAUGGAAGAAUGAUUUGGAAAAGCAAGCUUAUGGAUCUGGAUUUUUUAUUUUCUCUGCAGAUUUUGCUGAAAGUCAGAUUUUUUCAGAACGAGAUCUAGUUUCUAUCUUCUUCUCGUUUAAACCUUUUCGCUUUCUUUCUGUAGAUUUUAUCGUCUCUGAGGGUAAUUUUGGAUCCCUCAUCUCGGAUCUGCACAGAGGUUGCAUAUUUUAGACCUCUUCGAUCCAUUUUCUUUUCGAUUUUCUUGGGAAACCCUGUUCUUUUGUUUUGAUAUAAGAACACGGGCCAUUUCCGCUUUGUUUUCUGGGUUUUAUAGAUUUGUAAAUUCAUUUGGAAGAAGAGUUUGUGAUGCCAGCUGCUAGGGAUUCACACAGUAGCAGAACGCUUCAACAAUCAGAUCCCUUCGGUGGUGAAUUAAUGGAAGCGCUUGUUCCUUUUUUCAAAAGCCCUUCUGAUUCUUCGCCUUCCGCUCCUGCUUUUCUUCCUCCUGCAUCUUCCUUUUCUUACCUUCCUUCAUCCUCUUCCUUGCGCGGCUCGUACCCGGAAAGCUGUUCGACGUCCCAACCCUUUUCUUACGGUUCGGAUCUCCAGCAACCCGGAUCGUCGACGAUCGGGCUCAAUAACCUGUCUCCUUCCCAGAUCCACCAGAUUCAGUCUCAGAUCCACCACCAUAGCUACAGAUUUGCACUUCCCCACCAUCAAAACUACUCCUUCUCGAACCUUCUCAGCCCUAAGCCGAUCUUGAUGAAGAAUCCUGGCGUCGCCGUCUCGGGAUUCGGGUUCGGAUCGGGUCCUCCUGUCAAACCCACGAAGCUUUACAGAGGUGUUAGGCAGAGACACUGGGGGAAAUGGGUCGCCGAGAUCCGUUUGCCCCGGAAUCGGACCCGUCUCUGGCUCGGGACGUUUGAUACGGCGGAGGAGGCGGCGCUUGCCUAUGAUAAGGCGGCGUACAAGCUGCGCGGCGAUUUUGCCCGGCUUAACUUCCCCAACCUCCGCCAUAACGGAUCUUUUGUCGGCGGCGACGGUUUGGGCGAGUACCAACCCCUUCACUCCUCUGUCGACGCCAAGCUCGAUGCCAUCUGCCAGAGCUUGGCUGAGAACCAGAAACAUGGCCAACCGGAGAAGAAGUCCCGGAAGAAAUCGGCUUCCUCCGCAACACCGGAGCUGACGAAGCAACCGGAGCUCACCGCGUGUCCAGAUCUGCCGGAGGAAGUGAAGAUGGAGGCGAUCGCUUUCGCCGGGUCUUCGCCUGCUGCGGAGGGCGACGCAUCCGCCGGGUCUUCGCCGCUGUCCGAUCUGACGUUCGUCGAUUGCGAGGAUCAAGCUCCGUGGAAUACGAAUUUCGCGUUGGAGAAGUAUCCAUCUUACGAGAUCGAUUGGGCAUCGAUUUUAUCUUAAAUGUCGUGUCAGUCUUGUAAUUUCUGUGAUUCAUUUGGGGUAUUUUAGGAAUUAGGGGCAUCUGUAAUGGAGUUUUUGGUAAUUGCAGAGUGCUCAUUAGUUGGUAAGUGUCAUUAGGGUGUUGUUUAAAAAUGUGAUUAGGGUCAGAGUAAAUAUUAAGUGGGUGUGCUAUUUCUCUGCACCGGUCUUAGCUUGGGGUUUUUUUGUCAUGCUAGACCGGGCGAGUUCUCGUCCUAGUUUUAUUAAUGCAUAUUUUAAUUUUUGUAGCACAAUAAUCGUUUUUCUUUAAUUUUGUUCUUGGUGUUCGAUGGAAAUUAUGAAUAAAAAUCAGUUAGAAACUCUCUUUCGAUAA